GGCUAGACCCUGCUGACUCUCCACCGUACUGUUCUGUUCCGUGCUCGCCAGUCCGAGCAGUUUUUCUUGCUUUCGUACAGUGACCAAUCACGAUUUUGGCCGACUUGAUAGAGCAGGGACGUUUGCCACCAAGGUCUCCCGCUGACUCUAGGAGACCUAUGCGCAGAAAAUUUGGGCUGCCAACUCUGCCUAACCUUUACUUCAGGCCGGCAGAUGGUAUACUCUCUGUCCCUGGAUACACGUUCGAGAAGGCCAUACCAUGGGAGGACACGGGCAGCAUGACUUAUCUUGCGGAGGGCAGCAGUCUGAAGGACAGCUCGAACGUCCUAGCCAAGAUCUCUUCAGCUCAGUCCAACGGUUCAAUGUGUUUGGAGAGGGAGGCUCACAUUCUCGGUCGAAUGGCAUUGUCGUCUGACAAUCCUGCCUUGCGCAUGAUAGAUUUCCUCAGCAUCCCCAAGGACAGUGGCGAUGUCGUCGUGCUGCUGCUGUUUCACCCUGGCCCGAACUUGCUCGGACGCUAUCUACCUCCAUCCAAAAUAAACGAGCUACUCUUGGCCGAUAUGUCGCGUGUCCGUCCAUCGUCAUCUCAUGGCGACAUCUAUAUGCUUGGGAUUGAGGAGCCCGAUUUCACCGAGGAAAUGGAGGCUUUCGAUAUAAUGGAUUUGGCCUCUUUUUUAGAGUUUGCUAUCCAAGCGACGCAUUGCCUCGAGAGCCUGCACAAGGUCGGCAUAAUGCACCGCGAAGUCCGCGCUAAUGCCUUUCAUCUUAACGCGCAUUCUGGAAAUGUUCGCUUUGUCCACUUUGGAAACCGAGCCAUCUCAUUAGAAAAAUCCGGUUCUCCAUCCUCGCUUGUGCUCAAAGCCUUCGACGAAUCUGAAAAAGUUAAAGUAAAGGAAGCCCUUUGUUAUCUUGCUCCGGAGCAAACAGGCAGCAUCGAAACCACGACUCAAGACCACAGGACGGAUUUGUACUCCCUUGGAAUAAUGUUUUGGACUUUACUUGUCGGACGGGGCCAGAUGCCUUUUGAAGGCGGGCCGCUUGAGCUCUUACACUCCAUUGUGCAGAAGAGACCAAUGCCUGUACAUGAUGUGCGACGUGAUGUGCCUCAAGUCCUCGCUUCUAUCAUUGACAAGCUCCUGGCUAAGCAUCCGGAUUCACGAUAUCAGAGCGCCUAUGGUCUCAAAACCGACCUAAUCGAGUGUCAGAGACGACUACUGGUGUCCGUAUCCGCAUCCGCUGAUACCUCUGCCACGGAACUCAUACCUCAUUUCGAUAUUGCAUUACAAGAUAGAUUCAUGGAAUUCACCAUACCUUUGGCGCUGUUCGGACGCGAUAAGGAGUUAGAGCUCGUCCGGAACGUUAUCCGAAAUACGUCCACAAGUUUUUCGCGUCAUUUUUCCGCAUCAAAAGGAUAUAUAUCAAUAUCAUCGUCCGGAAGCCAGGGUACAGGGACAGGGAACGGCGAGGAUCACACUGAUUCCAGGUCCUCGGGCAGCGCUGUAUCAUCCAAGUCUAACGUAAUGAAUGCUGAAGUCACUAGAUCCGUGUCGAGAAGCACACCCUACGAUCAAAGCUCUGUGUCGCCCAGCAUCACAUCGUCAUUGCAAACAAGUGACGGUUUACUCAGGACUACAUUGCGUUCAAGACCCCGAACGGCUCGAGCUCAGGUUGUGGUGGUUAGUGGUUCUCCCGGUAUCGGAAAAAGCUCUAUGAUACUGAUCAAUCAAGCUAAAUGGCGAUCACAUGGACUAUGGGGGCAUGCCAAAUUUCAGAACGUCGAUUCUGCGCCGUUCUCGGCAUUACUUAGCUGUCUCUCUUCCGUCCUUCGGCAAUUGAUGGUCUUUCAUACGGAUGUCCAUCGCUUCGUCACGGCUCUAAAGGAACGUUUGGGUCCUCAGAUACAAAACGCGCCUCUUUUGUACCAAGGAACACCUGAACUCAGGGAUAUUUUGGCUCUCCUAGAUAUUCACCUUGACACUCCGAAGGAACGCCUGUCAAGUCGCGAGUUACGCGCUCGCUUUCAAACCUUGGUGGAGAAUGUCUUCACUGUCGUUGCCGAGACGCGAUUGUUUGCUCUUUUCUUGGAUGACUUACAUGAAGCGGAUGAAUCAACUCUUGAUCUUGUGUCUUCAUUCAUCAACUCAAAGAGUAGAAUGCUAAUAUUUGCCACAAUUCGGUCAGAUAGGGCUGACAUCGUUGAGCGAGUCCGGUCCAUGUUUAGUAGUCGGUCGAAGCCAACUUGGAUCAACCUGGAACCACUAUCGUACAACGCAAUUUCGUCGCUGGUCUCCAAAACACUCCACCGAGCCAAGGAAGAUUGUGCGCCGCUCUCUCGUCUUAUCUACUCGGCUUCUUCUGGGAACGCCUUUUCGGCGCGCAGUAUUUUGAACGCAUUUCACCGCCAUAACUUCAUUGUGUUUGAUUGGGAGCGCAACUCGUGGCAAUAUGAUAUGACUGCCAUUGAGUCGAGCCUUGAUACCGAAAAAACAUUGGAUCCCACAGACCUCACAUUUCUUGUAUCACAGUUGAGGGAACUUCCUGAAGAGGCUAGGAAAUACUUGCUUUGGGCUGCGUUAUUUGGAGAAUCAUUCAAAGUCACUGAAGUAGCGCUGAUGAUGCAUUUGGAGGAUGCAAGUGGUAGCAGUAGCAGCGAGGAUGAACACGAAGAAUAUUUGUCCUUUCACAGAAUGGACACAACUAACAGCCCUCGAAAUUCAAUUCUAGGACUUCAAAAAGCACUUGAUGAAGGAUGGCUGAUCCAACGCGCUCGGGACAUGUGCAGCUUCGCACAUGACCGGUACCGCCAGGCAGCACAAGCUGAAGCUGCCAAUCUACCGGAGGAUGUAGCCGCAAAAAUGUCUUUCAGAAUCGUCCUGAUGAUGUUGCAUGAGACACCGGUAGAUGUUUACCGAAUUGCCGAGCAUGCCAAGCGAUGCCUUUCCCUUUUGCAUGACCAUCCCAAAAGAGACGAACUUCUGUCUGUUCUCAUUGAAGCUGGUGAGGCUGCAUGGACCAGGGGUGCUCACGAACUUGCUGUCCGAUCUUUCCAUAGCGCGCGCUCUCUUCUUCGAGACGAUCCGUGGUCAGAACAUCCCCAGCGAACAUUUCAACUUUUCUCUCGUAUUGCAUCACUAGCGAGCUGGGGAGGGGAUUAUGCCGCUUCAAAUGAUUUGGUCCAAGAUUGUAUGCUGCAUGCUCAACGACCAGAACAAACAGGGUAUCUUCUGCGGCUUAGAUCCCGCAAUCAUUGGAUGCGAGGAAAUUUUGCAGAUGCCUUGAGUGACAAUUUACUGGCAUUAAAGAAUCUAGGUGUAGAAAUUGAUCCUGCACCGACCAGGAGAAAGGCUGAUAGAAUGUUCGAAGAAGUAAAAAAUGAGAUUUUAGCUGUUGGGUUUGAUGAAAUUCUCUCCAUUCCACGCACUACAGAUCCAAGACAUCUGUUAGCCGUCGAGCUGUUGAAUGAUGCUGGCACUAAUGCGUAUUGGAGUACAUCUCCCGCUUUUGCAGAUGUCAUCGGAUUGACUACAAUCCAACAAGCUUUACGGAACGGAAUGGUUCCGGGCACUGCUCUAGGCUUCUUCUGGGCGCUUGGAGGUGCCGCGGAGCAGCGAGAGUUAUAUCGAUUUUCUGCCGAUCUUGCUAGACUAGCCUUACGCAUAGCCGAAAGGCAUGGUUCUAGCAGUGAAAAAUGUCGAGCACAGGUGCUCUAUUGCAGCAUGGUGUCUGGAUAUGACAGUAUGCACAUCAGCACGAUGAUUCCCCGUCUAGAGGAGGCAAUUCAGUACGGCAACAGUGCAGGAGAUCGGGUUUACACCGCGUUCGCGCGAGUCUACGCAAUCAUAACGAGGCUUUUUGUUUGCGAACACAUAAACGAACUGGUUACUGCGGCGGAGGAUUGCGUUAACGAAAUUAAACAGGCAUCCAGCGGAGCCGAUACCAUCGCAUUAGCCCAAAGCUGUCUCAAUGUUAUCCGUGCUCUAGGGGGUUACACCUAUGCUCGUUCCGCUGAAACUGCCUUCGACACAGAGGUGUUCAAUGAGGCCGAGUACUUGACGCAACUGCGAGCGCAGUCAGGAAAUCUGGCACUUGCGUUGAAUUGGUAUAACUCCUUCAAGAUUGUCGGCUUCUACUGUUUGGGAUUUUUUGACGAAGCUGCAGAGCUCGGUUUUUCCGUCUACGAUUCCAGAGAUAGGCACCCAAACCACCGACAUGUCAGAUACGGUCUGUUUUUCCACAGCCUGGCUAUGAUAUCUAGCAUGAGAAAGCGUAACGUUACUGAAGAAACACGCAACCGUUACUUGAAACAGAUUGAACUGAAUCAGAGAUUCAUCAAGAAGUGGCUGUCUCCAAGUCCAGUGAACACCAGCACAUGGGUGGCUCUCGUGGACGCCGAAUUGUCUUCAUUGUUGAACAGGCCAAGUGCUAACAAGCAGUACGAUACUGCCGUCAAGUUAGCAGUGAACCAUGACUGGCUCUUGGAAGAAGGUUGGGGUCUUUACCUUCAAGGGUGUCAUUUCGUCCGCACAGGCGUCGAAGGGCUGGGAAGUGAAUUGCAGCGUCGUGGCAUAUCUCGACACUCUCAGUGGGGAGCUCAAGGCAUUGUGAAUUAUCUCAACACGGUGGUAGGGAGCCGGCCUCAGUAUCCUCUCAAGCGACCUAUAUUCAUGUCUGAUGUUGCUGUCCAAACCGAGAAUGUCACUGUAGACGAUCCGAAUUUCCCUUACGGUCAGACGAAGACUGCCAUGAGUGACGAGCAGGAGUCCACACUGAGCGCCUCUGAUCUUGCGUCCAUCUUGAAGUGGAGUAAGGAUAUUUCGAGCGACAUCAACUUAUCUUCAGCGUUACAAAGGCUGACGGAGAUUGCGACCGAAACUUCUGGUUCUCAAAAUACUUGCGUGGUUAUCACGCGAGAAGAUGGAGAUUAUACGGUGGCAACAAGCAUGACGCCACCCGAACAGUGUCAAGUAUAUGAGCACCCACGGUCGGUCAGAAGUCUUGCGGAUCCUUUGCAAAAAGCGAUAAUUCAGCAUACUAUAAACUCGAAGGAACGACUUCUAUUCGAUGAUGCUGCUUCUGACUCUCGAUUCGCUGCAGAAGCUCGUCAAACAGUCUAUCGAUCGGUCAUAUGUUUACCCAUCUUCAGCAACCGUGGUCAAACAUUCGGGACAGUAUAUGUGUCGUCAAAGUACUCAUUUUCACACAACAUCGUGAUAAUGUUGACACUUUUAUGUCAACAAGCGAGCAUCAGUAUAUCCAAUGCGCUUCUAUUCCGUUCUGUUCAAGCGAGCACCAGAGAGAAUCUGAAAAUGAUUGCUGCUCAGCGAGAUGCUCUAGAAACGGCCCGUAAAAGUCGAGAAGAUGCCCUUAAGGCCACGAAGAUUAAAAGUAACUUUUUGGCGUCAAUGAGCCAUGAGUUGCGAACCCCGUUUAGCUCUUUUUAUGGUCUUCUUGAUCUCCUGAGCGGAACAGAGCUCAAUCCUGGCCAAAGUGAAAUUGUCCAAACGGCAAAACAGUCUUGCGAACUGCUGUUGAAGAUCAUCGAUUCCAUUCUUGACUACAGCAAGCUAGAAGCCUCGGCCCUGAAGCUUGAACCGUGUGGCUUUUUGGUGGAGAAUAUCAUAGCAGAUUGCAUGGAAUUGUUGCUUCCCGUAGCAGCAAAAAAACUGGAUCUCUCUUUCAAUGUCGAGCCCGAUGUACCGCCAUGGGUUUAUGCCGACGAUGCCCGCAUCCGACAAGUGCUCAUGAACCUAAUCGGCAAUGCAGUCAAGUUCACAGAAAAGGGUUAUGUCCAAGUAACCUGUUCAGUUGCCAACCCUGCGUCUAUGUCCUCUUCCGAUGAAGUAAAUAUCAAAUUUGUUAUCCGGGAUAGCGGUAUAGGACUCUCACCAAGCGACGUUGAACUGCUGUUUGUGCCAUUUCAGCAGGCCGACAACUCGUCGACUCGGCGUUUUGGAGGAACUGGUCUAGGCCUAUCCAUUUCGAGACAAUUGGUCAAACUUAUGAAUGGUGCUAUUGGCGUACAGUCAGAACUGCAUGCAGGUUCAAUGUUCUGGUUCACAAUUCCCGUCAAAAUCUUUCAUUCCGAAGAGUCGAAGCGGUCUUUACUGGACAUUCAAAAUCUCAGGGCGAGUUUGCAGCAGCCUCAAAUUCUUGUUUGCUCGGGGUCCAGUGUUACAUUAGCUUUGCUGAACACUUUCUUUACGGGUUUUACCGUCACGCUCAUCUCAAACAUGCAAGAUACAGAAAUGUUUCUUCGAAGUUUUAGCAACCUCCAUGCACCACUUGAUUUCAUCAUUCUGGAUGAUCAAUCUGACGAACAUGCUAAUGAACUUGCACAUUUUCUGCGUUCGCUUCACGUCAGCGCUCUGCAGGACACAAAAAUCAUUCACUUGUACACUCCUACGACAAACCUAUCUCGACAGUCAAUCUUUGGAACCAGCACGCCAGGUGUUGUUAAGAUGACAAAGCCACCCCGCCAAGCCAGACUCUUGCAGACGCUUGCUGGCUUGAAGAACCUUCCCAACGCCAUCCCGAGUGUUCCGGCUACCGAGGUUUCUAAAGCAGUGCAGAAUGUAGCUGCAGCACAACGUACUCUAUAUGGCAAUGUCCUCAUUGCGGAAGACAACCCUAUUGCGCAGCAGCUUCUCGUUAAGCAGCUGCAACGGUAUCAACUGAAUGUAACGGCGACAUCAAAUGGAAACGAAGCUAUCUCAGAAUGGGAAUCACGGGAUCCUGGACACUUCACAGUAGCGCUCUUUGACCAUCAUAUGCCAAUAUGUGACGGUGUGGAGGCUGCCAAGCGGAUACGGAUGGUGGAGAACAAACGGAAGUCACCCGUUAUGCUGCCAAUUGUAGCAUUGAGUGCCGAUUGCCAGGAGUCCACGAAGCAGCUGUGUUUGAGUGCAGGCAUGAACGCAUUCUUCAGUAAACCAUUGAAGAAGGCGGAUCUGAUAUCAUUAUUAUCGAUGUUUGGGCCAUCACUACCAGUGACAUAGAAGGCGGGAACUAUUUAUUUCGUCAUAUAGUACUAUAUCCGCAUUUGCUUUGAACAUACGCAUUCAUCUUGUACACCUAUCUUACCUGUAUACGUAGCACAUGAUACAACUGUUAAUCUCGCAAUGCCUCUCUUGGAAUGGCGGUUGAGAAGGAUUGAAUGUCGAAAGCCAUAAUACAAUACAUUGUCGUGCAUGUAUACAC